AUGGGAGGAAAGGAGAAUGUGAGAGUGCGGGUUAUGUUUGACUCAGGAAGUCAACGGUCAUUCGUUACGGGCAAGGUAGCUCAGAAGGCAGGAGUGCCAGUAAAGAGGAAGGAAUGGGUAGAAAUUAAAACGUUCGGACAGGAGAAAGUUGAAGGGAAGUUGAGAGAAGUGUUUGAAUUGAGUGUAGCCCCAGUACAGGGGGGGAGAGAGUGUUAGCAUUGAAGUUUAUGGAGUAGACAGCAUUUCACAGAUUAGGAAUGAGCAUGUAAAGACAAGGAAGAAAGAUUACCCACAUUUGCAAGGGUUAUUGUUUUCCGAUGUUUGUAAGACCAAGAAUGUGUUAGAAAUAGAGUUACCAAUUGGCGCAGAUUAUUUGUGGUUAUUUCAAGAACGGCGUACGGUUAGGGGCAAGAGUGAUGAACCUGUUGCGGUUCAAACCAAAUUAGGAUGGGUGUUGUCAGAUCCACUGAAGAGUAGCUCUGAAGAUGAUGGUGGUCCUACAUCGUGUGCACAGGUAAGUGUAAACCUUAUUGGGCAUGUAACUUCAUCAAAGAAUAGGUCCCUUGAAGCAUGUGUUGAAAAAUUAUGGGAUUAUGAAACGUUAGGUAUAAAGCAUGAAGAGGAAGCUAGUGAGUUAUUAAAUUAUUCAAUACAUUUCAAUGGCCAACGAUAUAGUGUAAGUUUACCUUGGAAGGAAGGGCAUAGUUUAUUGCCAACCAGUUAUAGCUGUAGUGUGCAGAGAUUAAAGGGACAGCUUUUAAGAUUAAAGAAGGAGCCAGAAGUUUUACGAGAGUAUGACAGAGUAAUUAAAGAACAGUUAGAGCUAGGUAUUAUAGAACCAGUUGUAGAGUUAGAGAGAGCUGAUAAGAUCCAUUAUCUACCACAUCAUGCUGUGGUUCGUAAAGAUGCAAAGACCACUAAGGUCAGGGUUGUGUAUGAUGCAUCGAGUAAAGAGACUAAGAAGGGUGUAUCUUUAAAUGACUGCUUACAUGUUGGGCCACCUCUAUCCCCGUUGUUGUAUCCACAUUAUAUUGCGUUUUAG